AUGGUUACAUAUCAAAUAUUUUGGUGGCUCUAUUUAUUUACACAUUAUAUUCGAGAAGAUUUUAUGUUAUGGACAUUUGAUAUAAUUGAAGAUCAUUUUGGUUAUAUGCUUGUAUUUGGAGAUUUAGUAUAUGUACCAUUUUUAUAUAGUCUAUGUGGUUGGUUUAUUGCAGAUAAUCAAAAUAAUUUAUCAGGUAUUUGGAUAAUAAUUACAUUAAUUCUCUUUUUUAUUGGAUUAUAUACUUUUCGUGAAUCAAAUUGGCAAAAAUUUGAUUAUAAAAAAUAUGGUAAUCAAAUAAAUAUUUGGUUUAAAAAACCACAAUUAUUAGAGAAAAAAUUAUUAAUUAGUGGUUUUUGGGGCAUUGGUCGUCAUAUUAAUUAUACUGGAGAAAUAUUAGUCUAUUUAACUAUUGCUUUAUGUACAGGAACACAAUCGAUCAUUCCCUAUUUUCUUCCAUUAUCACUUUUCAUACUUUUAUCACAACGUGCUAGCAGAGAUGAUAUACGAUGUAAAAAGAAAUAUGGUGAUCAAUUAUGGAAUAAAUAUUGUAACAUUGCCAAAUUUAGAAUGAUACCAUUUAUUUAUUAA